GAUUUUCUCAUUAUAAGAUUUUAUUUUAAAAAAAAACAUAACAAUAAAGCAGAGUCUAUAGACAUUUUCAACGACUAGAUUCAAUAGAUUUACCGAAUGUUCAGAAACGAUUCCAUCUCGAAACAGAGAGAAAGACAUGCCUUCAAGACAAAACUCAAUCCUCCGACCAAAGCCAUUCAACAACAACAGAACAUCAGUUCUCUUCUUAAUCCUCACAAUCUCAUCAUCACUCGUCAUCUUCUUCGCAGUCAUCUACUUCAUCUACCACCUCUGGACUUCUCUUCUCAACCGCUCAAGAACCAUCCCUUUCUUCGACGUUGCCUCAUCUCCAUCAAAGCUCCAGCUUUUCUCUUACAAAGAGCUCAAGCUAGCAACCAACGACUUCGACGAGUCCAACGUGAUCGGCAAAGGAGGCUCGGGGACUGUCUUCAGAGGCAUUACAAGAGACGGGAAGCUCUUCGCUGUCAAGAGACUCGAUAGCCUCUCUCUACAAUCCGAGACUGAGUUUCAGAACGAGUUACAGAUCCUAGGAGGGCUAAAAUCGUCUUUUCUUGUGACCCUUUUGGGAUACUGCGUUGAGAAGGAUCAUCACAGGUUCUUGGUUUACGAGUAUAUGCCUAACAAGAGUCUUCAAGAGCUUCUUUUCAACGAAGAAGGCUCGUGUUUGAGCUGGGAGAGGAGGUUUAGUAUCAUUCUUGACGUAGCGAAAGCUCUUGAGUUUAUGCAUUUUGGGUGUGACCCACCUGUGAUACAUGGAGAUAUUAAGCCAAGUAAUGUUCUUCUUGAUUCUGAGUUUAGGGCAAAGAUUUCUGAUUUUGGUUUGUCUAGAGUGAAAGUUGAGGAAGGAGGUUAUGGGGUUGAUUUGUUCAGUCAAGACUUGGGGAAGAGUCAAGAGCUUUCUGAGAGCAAUCCUCAGACAGGUGUUGCUACUCCAACGCAUAAUCAUGAGGUUGAUUUCUCUCUUGCUUUACAAGCUUCUUCCUCUUCCAAGAACAGUAGAACGAGUCGUAACAUUAAGGCAAUGAAUCUGAGCUUAGCUAUGGAAGGUGAAGCGAAAGGAAAAGAGGUUGAGGAUCAUGAGUUUGAGCAGGGGAAGGAGAUGAAUUUGAGUCCUAACUCGGUUCUUGAUUUGGGGAAACAAUGGGGGAGAGAUUGGUGGUGGAAGCAAGAAGGGAGUGGUGAGUUGUGUAGUAAAGAUUAUGUUAGGGAAUGGAUAGGGAGUCAGAUUCACACUGAGAAUCCAGAGUGGGAUGAUGAGAAGAAGAUUAUCACUAGCACUCCUGAGCUGGGAGUUUCAACUAGGACAAUAGAUAAAGUAGAGUCUGGUUUGAAUGAAUCUAGGUUGUUUGACACUCUUCAGGAGAAGUUUGCAAAGGAAGAGAGCAACGAGAGCACACAGAAGAAAUCUAGAAAGAAGAAGAAGAAGCAUAGGAACAUGGAGGAAUGGUGGAAAGAGGAAGAGCAUCAAGACGAGAUGAACAGCAAAAAGAAGAUUAGAGUGUUGAGAAUCAAUCUCAAGAACCGUUUAAAAGUCCCACAUUUUCGUUACUGUUUUCAUGGUAAGGGUGGGAACAGCGUGGAAGACCGAGAAGGAGAAGCAGCAGGAGAGUUCAGCUUCAGAAGAGGGUGGAGAAGAAAAAGCAGUAGCAGCAGCAAGAAGAAGAAUAAAUCAACGGGAAGUGAGAUGUGGAGUGGAGACUUGUUCAGCCGAGAGUUAAGCAGCACUACGAGUAUGAGAGGAACAUUGUGUUACAUAGCACCAGAGUACGGAGGAGGUUGCUGUUACUUGAUGGAGAAAGGAGAUAUCUACAGCUUUGGAGUACUGAUUCUAGUGAUCAUCUCAGGUAGGAGGCCUUUGCAUGUCCUUGCAUCGCCAAUGAAGCUUGAGAAAGCCAAUUUGGUUAGCUGGUGUAGGCAAUUGGCUCAGUCAGGGAAUGUUCUUGAGCUUGUGGACGAGAGGUUGAAGGAUGUGUAUAACAAGGAAGAAGCAGGACUGUGCAUUAACUUGGCUUUGGCAUGUCUACAGAAAGCACCUGAGUUAAGGCCUGAUAUUAGUGAAGUUGUGAGGAUCUUGAGAGGGGAAAUGGACAUUUCAGCAACUGCUUUUGAGUUUUCUCCAUCGCCUCCUGCAAAAAUUCAUGGCAAUAGAUCAAAGCGGAGAGGUUAAAACAGAGCACUGCAGAGUAGUAGUUCGAAGUUUGAUCUGAUUUUUUAUUGUUAUUGUUUUCUUUCUGAAAUUGUUGAAUGUAACUUAAGAGGGUUUUAGCUUUUGAGAAUUGUAUUAUGUUGUAAUGUUUGUAAACUAUCACCACCGAGUUCCAUCAAAAAGCAGAAGAGUGUAUAUCAAACUAUAGUUCAACUGCAGUUCUGUAUUGAGACAUUUCUCAAU